CCACUCGUAUCUUCUUAUCUAUUUACUAGUCUUUUGGGUUCUUUUGUGUGGUUUUGCUUCAUUGUUGUUAUCUCUCUUUGCUCGAAAUCAUUGAGAUCCUGUUCUUCAGUUUCUUGGGUGCUCUCUCUAUUCAUGGUUUCUUUUUUUUUUUUUUGAAUUAUACACCGUUUCAGCAAAGGUUUCCCAGACCCAAGGAACUAAUCUAUGUCGCUGCUGACCGAAUGUUAAAUUUCGCAGUGGCCGGGAAUCGAACCAGGUGGCGGUACUCACAGCUGUGAGCCUUUUACCACCAGAGCUAGACGCCCCGGUUAUGCUUCCCAUGGUUUCUUCUUCUCCUCUCACGUGGACGCAUGAUGUCUUCCCGAGCUUCUGUGGAGGAGACGUGCGCAAAGGCUUUCUUAGUCACUUACUGGAAAAGCUCGAAAGCAAAGGAAUCAGGCCUUUUAUUGAUAAUAACAUUGAGCGAGGCCAGUCUAUCGCUCCCGAGCUCGUCCAAGCGAUCAAAGAAUCAAGGGUUGCUGUUGUCUUGCUAUCCAGUAACUACGCUUCUUCGAGCUGGUGUUUAGAUGAGUUAGUGGAAAUCAUGAAUUGCAGAGAAAGGGAGCAACAAACAGUAAUAUCUAUUUUCUACGGAGUGGAUCCAUCUGAUGUUAGGAAGCAGCCCGGAGAUUUCGGAAAGGUCUUUAACAAUACCUGUGUGGGAAAAGAAGAAAAGGUGAAGAAGGCAUGGAGACAAGCUUUGGUGGAUGUCGGCAAUAUAGCUGGUUAUGACUCUAGCAGAUGGGAAACUGAAGCUAAUAUGAUCGACGAAAUUGCCGAAGAACUUAUGAAAGUGUUGGGGCAUACACCAUCAAAAGAUUUUGAUGACUUUGUUGGCAUGGAAGCUCGUAUCAAGGAGAUAAUGUUGUUGUUGAGCCAACAAUCAGAUGCUAAAGUUAAGUUCAUAGGGAUCGUGGGUCCUGCUGGGAUUGGUAAGACGAGCACUGCCAUAGUCUUAUCUCCUUGGCUCCGACUAUAAAUAUCAGUUGAAUUAUCUGUAUGGUUUUUAUGAGCUUGCUCGGGAAGUUACUAAACUUGCUGGUCAUCUUCCUCUGGCCCUGAGAAUCUUGGGAUCGUCUCUACGAGGAAUGUCCAGGGACGAGUGGAGAAAUGCAGUACCAAGGCUCAAGUCUACCCUUGAGAAGGAAUUGAAUCAAUUCUAAUGUUUGGCUACAACGGCUUACCUUGUGAUAAAGACAGAACUCAUUUUCUGUAUAUUGCAUGUCUCUUUGCUGGUUCCGAGGUUGAUUUCCUUAAACGUUGUCUUGAAGAUUGUGAUUUGGAUGUAGACCAUGGACUUCAUAACUUAGAGCAGAAAAGUCUCAUAUCCAUCGACAUAGAAGGCGUAGAGAUGCACACAUUACUGCAACAACUGGGCAGAGAUAUUGUCAAGAAAAAGACGAAGGAUAUUGGAGAACGACAGUUCUUGAUGGAUACAAAGGAUAUUUCGGAUUUAUUUGAAGAUGACGACACUGGUACUGGAAACCUUUUAUGCAUAAAGCUAGAAGCAUGGGGAAAGGAGGAUAUCCAAAUAAGUAAAAGUGCCUUCAAAGGGAUGAGGAAUCUCCAGCUUCUAACAGUCAACUCUCGUAACGUACAUACCCGAAGGCCUCAGCUGUCUUCCCAACAAACUCAGAUUUUUAUGGUGGAAAUACUAUCCGUUGACAUGUUUGCCUUCCAAGAUCUCUUGCAAGUUUCUUGUCGAACUUUACAUGAGAAAAAGCAAACUUGAGAAGCUUUGGGAUGAAAUCAAAGUAAAAAUACCUCUCCAACGCCUCAAGCUGAUGGAUUUGAGUAAGUCUCGGUAUCUGAAAGAGAUUCCAGAUCUCACAAAUGCAACUAGUCUCGAGGAACUAGAUCUCCGUGGGUGCAAAGUUUGUCAAAGCUCACAAGCACGAUUGGCAAUGCCACAUACUUAGCCGUUGCUUUCUUUUGACGAAGCUCCCUUCUGUUAUGGGUAUGUUAAUCAAUCUCGAGGAACUAAAUCUCAAUGACUGCCAAGGUUUGUUAGAGCUCACAAGCACUAUUGGCAAUGCCACUAAGCUUAAAAGGUGCGAUCUUAGCCGUUGCUUUCUUUUGAAGGAGCUCCCUUCUUCUAUGGGUAAUUUAAUCAACCUCGAGGAAUUGAAUCUCUCUGCGUGCACGGGUUUGAAAGAACUCAGUGGUUGCUCGAGUUUGGAAACACUCGAUCUGAGCGGGACUCCGAUAUGGGAAGUGCCAUCAUCAAUCAAAUCUAAUUGGUAUCGUCUUCAAAGUUUGGAUAUGUCAUGGUGUAGAAACCUCAAGGAGUUCCCACUUGUUCAUGACAACAUUGUAGAGUUGGCGUUGGGCACGACAAGGAUAAAGAAAAUUCCAGCAUGGAUUAAGAAUCUGUCUCAUCUGCGUAGACUAGUUAUGUAUGACUGCGAGAAGCUGAAAAAGAUAUCUCCGAAUAUUUCUAAGUUGGAGAAUCUUGAGAAUCUUGAUCUAUAUAGCAGUGGCUUUAGACAUAAUACUAAACUGUUUGAAGCAUAAUUGAGUGGGGUCCUGACAUGAAA